UCAUAUACGUUCCGAAGUGCAAAGAAAACGUUGAAUCGUUAAAAUACGCAAAAUAUAGAAUUAUUGUAAACACGUGUUUGCAAAUACUUGAAGAUAUUUUUUACGGUCACGUAGUCAAAGAAAAGAUAUAAAAGGAUGGAAUAACGCAUGAUAUGCAGUAUUUGUUGCAGAUUUAGUACCAUUAAAUUUAAUUGUUGAAAACAUGUGACUUUUAUCAUUGACAUUGUGAGUGUUAUAAGUUGAAAAAUGUUACCAAACGUUACAAACAUUUUAAUUAUAGUUAUUAAUAUAAUUCUAUGUGCAUAUGUAACAUAUGGAUUUAAAUCUAGGGAAUCUCGUUCUUUCAAUUUCAACCUAAUGGGCGUUGAGGGGAAUUAUUGUGGGCUACAGGAGUUUAACCCUGAGACUCAGGUAUGCUGCCGUUUCUCGGUUGCGCCAAAGAUUGCAGGAAAACGGACACAGUGUUGCGGUAGCGUAUCGUAUGAUCCGGCUAGAGAUAUUUGUUGUGCUAAUACUAACCCGUCUCCAUUAGUAGCUGCCAAACGUACACAAUGCUGUGGAUUAGAUAGCUUCGACCCGAGAAAGUCAAUUUGUUGCGGUCAUAUCAUUCAACCACGAAUCGCUGGAAAUAAUACCUAUUGUUGUGGCCACAACAGUUACAAUCCGUAUGAAAGAUUAUGCUGUCAAGGAAACCUGCUACAAUCUUCUAUUCAUGCAAAAUGCUACUCUUGUGACAACAAUGGCAGCUAUAUAGCACUAUUUGAUGUAAACAAACAUGCCUGCUGUAAUGGAAAGCUUCAAACAGCGGUGGCAGGAAAUCUUACAUGCUGUUGCAAUGGUACCGCUUUCGAUCCAACCGAGAAAAUAUGCUGUAACGAUCAUGUCCAACAAAGAAAUGGAGGGAAUAUAUCAUUAUGUUGUGGAAGACAUAAUCUUGAUCCACGUACUCAAAUAUGUUGCGACGAUGAUGUUCAGCCAUUAGUAAAUGUGAAUAACACUAUGUGUUGCAAAAAGAAAAGUUACGACCCACACAAGCAGGUCUGUUGUGAUGGUAAGAAACUCAUGACAAAAGGUGAUCUCAAGGACUCGUGUUGUUGUGGGGAAAGGACUUUUAAUCCAGAUAAAGCUGUAUGUUGUAAUGAAACCGUACAACCAAAGUAUAAGGGACGAACACAAUGCUGUGGUACGAACAGUUUUGAUAGUAAGAAAGAUAUGUGCUGUGAUGGCGAGGUACAACAUAGAGGUAGGAGAAAAUCUGUUCCGAGAUGUUGCGGGAAAAGAAGUUAUGACAGUAGAAAACAUCUUUGCUGCCAUGGAACUAUUGUUAAGAAAUCGAGCAAAAGGGAUCUUGGUUGCUGUGGACAUGGAACAUAUAAUCCUAAAACUCAGAUAUGUUGUAAUGGUCGACGUGGAAAACUGUUCAAACGAGGUACACGCUGCUGCGGAAAACAAAGCUAUAAUUCAAAGGAAUCAAUGUGCUGUGGUGGUAAAAUUACAUCUCGAAACAUGAAGUGUUGUAAAAACAGGUCAUUUGAUCCUCAGACACAUAUUUGUUGUGACGGAAUAACAAUCAGUUCAAAAAAUAACACACAGGACAAUAUGUGCUGUGGAAUAUCUACUUUUAACCGAGACACACACAUUUGCUGUGAAGGUGAAGUAACAAAUCGAACUAAUCGUCAUCACUUUAAAUGUUGUGGACGCAAAGGUUAUGAUCCAGAUAACUAUAUAUGUUGCAAUAGUUUGAUCAUAAAUAAAAAUAAUAAAAAUGAUAACUGGUGUUGCGGAAGCUCAAGUAUGAACACAAACAUCGAGACAUGCUGCUAUGGUAACCCACAACCAAUUCACGAAUUUGUUGAUAGUACAGUUUGUUGUAAAGGACAAAGUUUCAACUACCGAACGCAAAUGUGUUGUUUUGAUACUGUCAUUGAGAAAAGAUCUUUAAAAGAUGAUAUUUGUUGUGGGAAUUCUACAAUGAAUUCACAAAGUGACAUAUGUUGUCAGGGUAUACCAAGAAAAGUUUCGAAUGUGGAAACAUCUUUUUGCUGUGAGGAUAAAGCUGCAGCAAUCAAUAAACACCUCUGUUGUAAUGGUAAGAUUGUGUCUAAAAACGACGAUAGUGAAGGGGUAUGUUGUGGUCAAGUUCCAAUAAAUGCUAAUGAAGAAAUAUGUUGUGAUGGUAAUCGACAGAUGUUAAUAGGUACAGAGUUCACACAGUGCUGUGGAAACAACAGCUAUGACUCGCGAAAAUAUCUUUGUUGUGACGGGAAGCGUAUACAGAAGAGGAAUUCAGAUGACUCAUGUUGCUGUGGAUUAUUGUCAAUGAACCCGAACACUGAAAUAUGCUGUAUGAAUACUAUACAAGAUGCGCCAAUGGCAAAUGAUGUAAGAUGCUGUUUAGAUAAAAGUUAUGACCGAACAAAAUACGUUUGCUGUGAGGGAAAGCGGAUUUUACAAAAACGUAGUUUAUCUGACGACUGUUGUUGUGACAAUAAAACAAUGGAUUCUCUGAAAGAAAUGUGCUGCGAUGGUGCGCCGCAACCUAAAAUUAACGAUGACUAUUUUUGUUGCGGCAGAAAAAGUUACGAUUCUAAGAAAUAUGUAUGUUGUAAUGAUAGAGUAUUCUUAAAAGUACAUGAAAACGACGACUGUUGCUGCGGAGAUACAACAAUGAAUUGUAAGACUCAUAUCUGUUGCCUUGGUAAACGAAAUAAGAAAUUUAAAGAACCAACUUCUUGUUGCGGAGAUACUAGCUAUAGCAUUCAAAGUAAUUUAUGCUGCUCGAAUGAAAUAAAAAAGAAAACGACAUUACAAGACGAUUAUUGCUGUGGAAAUACAACGAUGUAUAGUUCAAAUCGUAUUUGUUGCCAAGGUAUCCCACAAGCUAGUUUCAGUGAAGAUUGGAUGUGUUGCGGGAAACAAAGCUAUAACUCCAAAACCCAUAUUUGUUGUAAUAAUCAAAUUACAAAGAAAUCUAAACCAGACGACAAUUGGUGCUGUGGUGGAGAGACAUUUAAUUCAUAUUAUGAAACAUGUUGCAACAUGAAUGUACAACCUAUAUAUGAUAAUCUAAACAAAACUCGAUGUUGCGGAAAGGACAGUUAUAACUUAAACAGUCAUUUGUGUUGUAAUAACAAAUUGAUGCAGAAGACUGGAAAUGCCGAUAAUUGGUGUUGCGGUAAUGACACUUAUGACACGGGUGUUCACAUGUGUUGUGAUGGUCAAUUUAAGCAACCAAAGAUUGGAAAAGAUACGCGGUGCUGUGGAAACACAAGUUACGACAAAACGCAAAAGAUUUGUUGCAAUAUGAAACUAUUCGACCGUAAAAGUGUAAAUGACGAUAGCUGCUGUGAAGAUUCUUCUAUCAAUACCAAAACAGAAAUUUGUUGCAUGGACAUACGUCAGUCAAAAGUAGACGGAGAUUUCACAGACUGCUGUGGAAAUAGAGCAUAUAGUAUCAGGAAAGAGAUGUGCUGUGAGAAUUUGGAAAUAAGAAAAAAGAAAUCUGCUGCUGAUGACGGUUGCUGUGUGAAUACAACUAUGAGCUCAAACGAAGAAAUAUGUUGUGAAAAGGGUCCGCAACCAUUAAUUGGUGGUCAAACAAAAACAGGCUGCUGUCAAAGUCUCUCAUACAAUGUUAGCAGCCACAUAUGCUGUGAUGGUAAUGUAAUUACUAAGCGGAGACACAGUGAUAAUUGGUGUUGCAAUAAUAAAUCGUUUAAUAGCGCUGACGAAAUUUGCUGCAAUGGUAAUCCAGAACCUGCUGUUGGCAAACAUAAAACAAAAUGCUGUAAAACAAACAGUUUUGACCCAAAUAUACAUAUUUGUUGUCAUGGGACAACUCUUAUAAAAAAGAAAAGACAAAGUGAUAACGUGUGCUGUGGAGGUAACACUAUGAACACUAAAUCACAAAUAUGUUGUUCAAACACUCCUAAUGAUAAAAUUGGUGGUGAACAUGCACAGUGUUGUCAUAACAAAAGUUAUGACUCUAGAAAUUCCAUAUGUUGCCAGACUUUAAUAAAUGGGGCAUGGAAUGUUGUGAAUAAGAAACACUCAGAAGAUGACUCAUGUUGCGGCAACACAACUAUUAACACCGAUGUUGAACUGUGCUGCAACGGAAAGCCGGAAAAGGGGGGUGGUAAUGUGCAGUGUUGUCAUGGAAUUGGAUACAAUACAAAAGACUCGAUAUGUUGUGAUGGAGAAAUUGUGUAUAAAACGUCAGACCAGGACGACUGUUGCUGUGGUAAUACCUCAAUGAACAACCAGAAGGAUAUUUGUUGUAUGGGAAACAAACAACAACGUAUUGGAGGCAAUGACACAAUGUGCUGUUUCCAAAAUUCUUACAGCUCUAAAAUGCAGUUAUGCUGCGAUGGAAAGCAACUUGUUCAAAGGGAUCAUCCGGAUGAUAAUCGGUGUUGUGGUGGUCGGUCAAUGAAUUCAAAGAAAAGUAUUUGUUGCUCAAACAUACCCCAAAACGUAGCAAAUAAGGAUACAUAUAAAUGUUGUUAUAAUGAAAGUUACAACAUAGAAACACAAUUGUGCUGUGAUGGACAAAUAAGAAAGAAAUCAGAACAUUCAGACGACUGGUGUUGUGGUGAAGAAACAUUCAAUACAAAACGAGAAAUUUGUUGUGACGGUCAUUACAAGCAACUAAAAAAGACCAAAAAUUCGGAAGACACAAAAUGUUGCAAAAACAAAAGCUAUAACCCAAGUACUCAGUUGUGUUGUGCAGGUAAAAUUGUAAAGAAAAAUACAGAAAUAGAUAGCAUAUGCUGUGGAAAUACUACCAUGUCUAGUAACGAAAUUUGUUGCGACGGGAAUCCACAGAAAAAUGGUGAAACAUUUACCUGUUGCGGGAACGUUAGCUAUAAUACGACAACAUAUAUCUGUUGUGAUGAUAAGGUAAGGCGCAAGAGGGAUGAAAGAGAUAAUGGUUGCUGCGGGCAUGAAUCGACAAUUGAUACUUAUAAGGAGCUGUGUUGUGAAGGUAUUCCAUACGAAGUAAAUAUAGAUACAGGAGACUGUUGUGGCUCUAAGGGUUAUAAUAAAAUGUCAGCAAUUUGCUGUAAUGAUACACAGCUUCUUUUGAAAGAACAUGCAGACGAUAAUGCAUGUUGUGGAAAUAAAACAUUCAAUCCAUUGAAACACAUCUGUUGCAAUGACAUACGACAGACUAAAAUAUCAGGUGAUGAAUCGUUGUGUUGUAAAACGGAAAGUUACUCUUCUGCUACCCAUUUAUGUUGCAAUGGAAAUUUCAUUUUAGAAAAACUUAGCUCAGAAGAUGAUUGGUGUUGUGGUAAUAAGACAUAUAGUAGUAAAAACGAAAUUUGUUGUAACAAUAUUCCAGACAGGAAAUAUGGAACGAGUACGCUCUGUUGCGCAGAAUCAAGCUACAGUUCUGACACACAUUUGUGCUGUAAUGGCAAGGUUGUAAAGAAAAAUGAUUUAAAUGAUAAUGGCUGUUGUGGCAAUACUACAUUUGAGGCUCCGCAUGAAAUAUGCUGCGAUGGAAAUCCACAAACUGGAAACUUACAGAAGUUUGAUUGUUGCGGAAAACAAAGUUACGACAAGGAUCGAUCACUUUGUUGUGAAAACAAUACCAUUGUUACUAAACAACAUAAAAAUGAUGACUGUUGCUGUGGCAAUGCUAGCAUGAACACGACUGAGGACAUAUGUUGUUUAGGUUAUGUUAAUAGAAGAAUAUCUGGUAAUCAUACUCGUUGUUGCAAUAAUAAGUCUUUAGAUCCGGCAAAAGAACUAUGUUGUAAUGGAACAGUUGUAAAGAAAGCUUCCAGUCAUGAUACAACAUGUUGUGGAAAUACAACAUUUAAUUCAAGAGAUCAAAUAUGCUGUGAUGAUACACCGCAACCGAAAAUCGGAGGUGAUUUGACCCAUUGUUGUGGUAUUCAUUCUUUCAACCCUAAAAGUCAUUUAUGUUGUGAUGAGGGUGUCGUCGGAAAGAGAAAUAGAAAUGACACAUGCUGCUGUGGAAAAAAGGCAACAUUCGACCCGAGGACUGAAAUAUGUUGCGGAGAUAUCCAUCCAAGAAAACUUAAAGGAGAUAAUACCAGAUGCUGUGGAUUCCAAAGCUAUAAUGCAGACAAUUAUUUAUGUUGCCAAGAAGACAUUAUAAAGAAGAGAGGUUACAAUGAUGACUCAUGUUGUGGAAAUCACACGUUUGAAGCCAAAAAAGAAAUUUGUUGCAAUCAAUAUGUUAAAAAUAAAGUCGAUGGUAUUUUCACAGACUGCUGUGGUGAACAAAGUUUUAGCAUUGUUGAUAAUAUGUGUUGUGAUGGUUUAGUAGCUAAGAAAAAUCGCUCUGAUGAAGAUAUAUGUUGUGGAACUAAAACAAUGCUUUCCAGCCGUCAACUUUGCUGCAAUGGAAAUGUUCAACCAAAGGAUGGAAACUUUUAUGAAUGCUGCGGAAACAGAAGUCAUGAUACAAGAAAAUCAAUUUGUUGUAAAAAUAAAGUUGUCAAAAAGAAACAAAAUGGCGACCAAGGGUGCUGUGGUGAGACAACAAUUGACUUUAAUUCAGAAAUAUGCUGUAUGGGUUCACCAAAUGUGCUGUUUAAUCAAUAUACACUUUGUUGUCAUAACAAAAGCUAUGACUCCAAAAAAGCUCUAUGCUGUUAUGAUACUGUAAUUAUAAACAAAAAUAAUCAUACUGAUAAUUGGUGUUGUGGAAGCAUAUCAAUCGAUACCAGAAAAGAUAUUUGCUGUCUUGGUACAAAACAGCCUAAACUAGGUAAACAUACCCAAUGCUGCAAUCAUAAAAGCUAUAACCCCGAAAACUCUCUUUGUGUUAAUCAUUCUCUUUCUUAUAAACGCAGUGAAGGAAGUGAUAUAAUAUGCGGAAAAACAACUAUUGAUUUAAGUAAAGAAAUUUGCUGUAAUGGAAUACCAAAUAUACGUUUAGAGGGAGAAAACACUGCUUGCUGUGGAAAUAAAAGUUACGGGGCUAGAGGCCAGCUUUGUUGUUCUGAUAAGACGAUUAGAAUUAAGUCAAAUUCAGAAGACAGCCAAUGUUGUAAUACAUAUAGCACAUUUGAUCCUCGUAGAGAACUAUGCUGUGAUGGAACAGUUAUCAACAAAGCCUCUCCCCAUGAUACAUUAUGUUGUGGUAAUACAACAAUUAAUUCAAGGAAUCAAAUAUGUUGUAAUUACACACCUCAGUCUAAAAGCGGACAGUCUUCCCAAUGUUGUUUUAUUCAUUCUUUCGACCCUGAAGUACACAUAUGUUGUGAUGAAGAUUUAAUUUUAAAGAAGAACAGAGCUGACACUAGAUGUUGUGGAAAAGCAAACACAUUUGACCCUAGGACUGAAAUAUGUUGCGGUGGAUACCAUCCAAGUAAACUUAAAGGAAAUAAUACGAAAUGCUGUGGAUUCCAAAGCUACAAUGCAGACGAUUAUCUGUGUUGUCAAAAAGAAAUUGUAAUGAAGAGAGGUUAUAAUGAUGACUCAUGUUGCGGAAAUUCUACAUUCGAAUAUUCAAAAGAAGUUUGUUGCGAUCAAUAUGUUCAAACUAAAGUCAGUGGUAUUUUGACAGACUGCUGUGGUAAAAGGAGUUACAACAUUAUUGAUGAAAUGUGUUGUCAUGGUUUAGUGGCGAAGAAAAACCGCCCUGGUGAAGAUAUAUGUUGCGGAACUAAAACUAUGCAUUCCAGGAGUCAACUUUGCUGCGAUGGAAAUGCUCAACCAAAGGAUGGAAACUUUCAUGAAUGCUGCGGAAACAGAAGUCAUGAUACAAGAAAAUCCAUUUGUUGUAAUAAUAAAGUUGUCAAAAUGAAACAAGACGGAGACAAUGGAUGCUGUGGUGAGACCACAAUCGACGUUAAUUCAGAAAUAUGCUGUAUGGGUUCACCAAAUCCGCUGUUUAACCGAGAUGCACUUUGUUGUCUUAACAAAAGCUAUGACUUAACACAAUCUAUAUGCUGUAACGAUACUGUAAUCAUAAACAAAAAUAAUCAUACAGAUAAUUGGUGUUGUGGAAGCACAUCAAUCGAUACCCGAAAAGAUAUAUGCUGUCUUGGUACAAAACAGCCUAAAUUAGGUAAACAUACGCAAUGCUGCCAUCAAAAAAGCUAUAACCCGGAACACUCUCUCUGUUUUAAUUAUGCGCUUUCUUAUAAACGCAGUGAAGAAAGUGACAUGAUCUGCGGAAAAACAACCAUUGAUUUAAGUAAAGAAAUUUGCUGUAAUGGAAUACCAAAUACACGUGUAGAGGAAGAAAUCACUGCUUGUUGCGGAAAUAAAAGUUACGGGGCUAGAAGUCAGCUCUGUUGUUCUGAUCAGACGAUUAAAAUUAAAUCAAAUUCAGGGGACAGCCAAUGUUGUGGAAGAAACAGCACAUUAGAUCCUCGCAGACAACUAUGCUGUGAUGGAACAGUUAUCAACAAAGCCUCUCCCGAUGAUACAUUAUGUUGUGGUAAUACAACAAUUAAUUCAAGGAAUCAGAUAUGUUGUAAUUAUACACCUCAGUCUAAACGCGGACAUGAGUCUACCACCGAAUGCUGUGGUAUUCAUUCGUUUGACAUGAGAGUAAAGUUAUGUUGUGAUGAAGGUGUAAUUGUAAAGAGAAACAGAAAUGACACUAGCUGUUGUGGAAAUUCAAAAACAUUUGAUCCUAGGACUGAAAUAUGUUGCGGUGGAUACCAUCCAAGUAAACUUAAAGGAAAUAAUACGAAAUGCUGUGGAUUCCAAAGCUACAAUGCAGACAAUUAUUUAUGUUGUAAAGAAGAAGUUGUAAAGAAAAGAAGUUACAACGAUGACUCAUGUUGUGGUAAUUCAACAUUCGAAGAUUCAAAAGAAAUUUGCUGCAAUCAAAAUGUAACAUAUAAAUUGGAUGCCAUUUUCACACAUUGCUGUGGUAAAAGGAGUUACAGCAUUAUUAAUGAAAUGUGUUGUGAUGGUUUAGUAGCAAAGAAAAAUCAAUCUGAUGAAGAUACAUGUUGUGGAACUAAAACAAUGCAUUCAAGCAGUCAACUUUGCUGCGAUGGAAAUGUUCAACCAAAGAAUGAAAGCUCUUACGAAUGCUGCGGAGCCAGAAGUCAUGAUACAAGAAAAUCCAUGUGUUGUAAUAAUAAAGUUGUCACAAUGAAACAAGAUGGUGACAAUGGGUGCUGUGGUGAGACCACAAUCAACUUUUAUUCAGAAAUAUGCUGCAUGGGUUCACCAAAUGUGCUGUUUAGCCAUGAAACACUUUGUUGUCGUAAUAGAAGCUAUGACUCAACACUAUCUUUGUGCUGUAAUGAUACUGUAGUGAUAAACAAAAGUAACCGUACAGAUAAUUGGUGUUGUGGAAGCACAUCAAUCGAUACCCGAAAAGAUAUGUGCUGCUUUGGUACAAAACAGCCUAAAUUAGGUAAACAUACUCAAUGCUGCCAUCAAAAAAGCUUUAACCCAGAAGACACCUUUUGUUAUAAGAAUGUACUGUCUUAUAAACGCAGUGAAGAAAGUGACAUAAUUUGCGGAAAAUCAACCAUUGAUUUAAGUAAAGAAAUAUGCUGUAAUGGAAUACCAAAUAAGCGUGUAGUGGGAGAAAAUACUGCGUGCUGUGGAAAUAGAAGUUACGAAACUAGAAGCAAGCUUUGUUGUUCUGAUCAGACGAUUAAAAUUAAGUCAAAUUCAGGAGACAAACAAUGCUGUGGUACAAAAAGCACAUUUGAUUCUCGCAGACAACUAUGUUGCGAUGGCAAAGUUAUCAACAAAUCCUCUCGCCAUGAUACAUUAUGUUGUGGAAAUACAACAAUUAACGCAAGAAAUCAAAUAUGUUGUAAUCAUACGCCUCAGCCUAAAGACGAACAUGAGUCUUCCCAGUGCUGUGGUAUUCUUUCGUUUGACCCUGAAUUAUACUUAUGUUGUAAUAUAGGUGUAAUUAAAAAGAGAAACAGAAAUGACACUAGUUGUUGUGGAAAUUCAAAAACAUUUGACCCUAGGACUGAAUUAUGUUGCGGUGGAUACCAUCCAAGUAAACUUAAAGGGGAAAAUACAAAAUGCUGUGGAUUUCAAAGCUACAAUGCAGACGAUUAUUUAUGUUGUAAAGAAGAACUUGUAAAGAAAAGAAGUAUUAACGAUAACUCAUGUUGCGGUAAUUCAACAUUCGAAGAUUCAAAAGAAAUUUGUUGCAAUCAACAUGUAACAAACAAAUUGGAUUCUAUUUUUACACAUUGCUGUGGUAAAAGGAGUUACAGCAUUAUUAAUGAAAUGUGUUGUGAUGGUUUAGUAGCAAAGAAAAAUCACUCUGAUGAAGAUACAUGUUGUGGAGCUAAAACAAUGCAUUCAAGCAGUCAACUUUGCUGCGAUGGAAAUGUUCAACCAAAGAAUGAAAGCUCUUACGAAUGCUGCGGAACAAGAAGUCAUGAUACCAGAAAAAACAUUUGUUGUCAUAAUAAAGUUGUCACAAUGAAGCAAGACGGUGACACCGGAUGUUGUGGUGAGACCACAUUUAACUUUAAUUCAGAAAUAUGCUGUAUGGAUUCACCAAAUCCGCUGUUUAACCAUCAUACACUUUGUUGUCAUAACAAAAGCUAUGACUCAACACAAUCUUUAUGCUGUUAUGAUACUGUUGUCACAAAGAAAGGUGACCUUACAGAUAACUGGUGUUGUGGCAUCACAACAAUCGACACUCGAAAACAUAUAUGUUGCCUUGGUACAAAACAACCUAAAAAAGGUAAUUAUACUCAAUGCUGCCAUCAUAAGAGCUACGAUCCGACCACACAACUUUGUUCUUAUAAUACUGUUUAUGAUAAACGCACUGAAAAUAGCGACAUUAGAUGUGGGGAAACUACUUUUGAUUUAAGCAGAGAAAUAUGUUGUUUUGAAAAACCACAUAAACGUGUAGAUGGAGAAUAUACUGCUUGUUGCGGAAAUAAAAGUUACGGAACUAGAAACCAGCUUUGCUGUCCAGAUAACACGAUAAGGAUUAAGUCAAAGCCUGAAGACAAACAAUGUUGUGGUACUAGUAACACAACAGAUCCUCGCAACGAGUUAUGUUGUGAUGGCAACGUUUAUAAAUUUACUGGAAUUUCAAAUGUAGCAUGUUGCAAAGAAAGUGGCUAUAAUUUAGAAACACAUAUUUGUUGUUCUAAUUCAGUUAUAGAAAAACGUAGCGUUAGCAAUAAUUGGUGUUGCGGAAUGACACCAUACACUACACAAACGCAUACAUGCUGCAAUGGAAGAGUAGAUAUAAAACAUAGUGGUGAUAAGACAAAAUGUUGCAAUGAUUAUAGCUAUGACUCACAAAUACAGUUAUGUUGUGAUAAUGCUGUUACAGAUAAGAAAGAUAUUUUUGAUAAUGAGUGUUGCGGAAACAACACUUACAACACGGAAACAGAAGUAUGCUGUCUAGGGAAAAGCCCACAACCAAAACGGGGCGGUAGACUUACAGAGUGUUGUUUAUCUGAAAGUUAUAAUUCUAAAACCCAUUUAUGUUGCGAUCAGACUGUAGUUAAGAAAUCUGACAAUGAUGAUGAUUGCUGUUGUGCUAGUGAACCGAUGAACUCUUUGACUGACAUAUGCUGCCUUGGAAAAAAGCAAAAUAGAAUUGGUAAUGAAUAUACUUCAUGCUGCAACGACCAGAGUUAUGACUUACGAUUUCAAAUGUGCUGUGAAGGUCGUGUAAGAAGAAAAAGACAUAAGAAUGAUGAUUCAUGCUGUGGUAGAUCAUCAACAAUUAAUUCUAGAACUGAACUUUGUUGCAAUGGCGUUCAUAACAGACGUUAUAGUGAUGGGUAUACUGACUGUUGCGGAAAAGCUUCAUUUGACACUAGGUCACAAAUGUGUUGUGAUCAAAGAGUUAUUCGUAAGAGAAGCACUGGUGAUAACUGCUGCUGUGGUAGAACUUCAAUCAAUUUAAGAAACGAAAUAUGUUGUAAUGGAAUACCAAGCCAGGCUGAAGGAGGACAAUUUGCAAGAUGCUGUUUUGAUUUAAGUUUUGACACAACAAAACAAAUGUGCUGUGGUCCAAAAGAUAUCCGUCUCAAAAAUAAUUCAAAUGAUAACUUGUGCUGUGGUAAUUCGACAUUUAACUCAAAAUCUGAAAUUUGUUGCAACGAUGUUCCAAACAAAAUAAUGGCUAAACAUGCGACUAAAUGUUGUGGAAGUGAAAGUUAUAAUUCUAACACACAUUUUUGUUGUGAUAUGAAAAUUGUCAAAAAGCGCCAUAUUCAAGACAAUAUAUGUUGUGGUAUGACACCAAUCAGAAUUGAAAAUGAGGUAUGCUGUGAUGGUAAUCCACAAAUAAAAUAUGAUGGCCCUACAACAUGCUGCAGAGAUACCAGUUUCAAUAUGCAUACACAUAUAUGCUGCUCUGGUGUAAUAGUAGAAAAGAAAAACAGAAUUGACGAUAGCUGUUGUGGAAUGAGUACAUUUCAUGGUGAGACUGAAAUUUGUUGCAUGGGUGUACCUCAACAUAGAAUGUCGAAAGAUAGGACGCGUUGUUGUAAGGAAGUAAGUUAUGAUUCUGAAAAUUUUAUAUGUUGUGACAAUAAUGUGGUUAAAAAAAGACAUCGGAAUGAUAACUUGUGCUGUAAUUCAACUCCAUACAAUACAAAAACGGAAUAUUGCUGUAAUGCUGUUGUUCAGCCAAAUUAUGGAGAAAAUACCCGCUGCUGUGAAAAUGAAUCAUACGAUCCACAUAAACAUAUAUGCUGUGACAGUCGCCUAUACAAGAAAUCAAAGACGUCUGACGACUGGUGCUGUGGUGUAAAACCAUAUGAUACGAAAACAGAAAUAUGUUGUGCAGACUCCUUUCCGAACAAAGCAGUUGCUGGACUUGUCACAAAAUGUUGUGGUAUUGACAGCUACAACCCACACAUAGAAAUGUGUUGUGAUGAUGAAGUAGUUCAAAAAGAGUCUCCUAUGGAUAAUGUGUGUUGCCGAAAACGUCCCAUGAAUAUCGUAACUGAUAUUUGUUGUAACGGAAUAAAACAUUAUCGGACAAGUUCACUUAUAGAUUGUUGUGGCAAACAUGCGAUCGAUACAAAACAAGAGGUAUGUUGCGGUGACGCUAGAGGUGUUUUGCGAAAGAAUAAAUUGAAUGAUGAUUAUUGUUGUGGAAAUGAAACAUACAAUCUGAAAAAUGAAUUAUGCUGUGACGAGCGUGUCCAGAUUAGCUAUGGUGAUACCACCAACUGUUGUGGUAAAAUGAGUUAUAACACUUCUACACAAUUAUGCUGCCGCGACAAGGUUGUAAUAAAAGAAAGCGCAAGUGAUAACUGUUGUUGCGGCAUAAAAUCAAUGCAGGCCCAUGUCCAUCUAUGUUGCGAAAAUGAACCAGGCAUCGGAGACAAGUGUUGCGGAAAGGAGGCUUAUAAUUCCUCGUAUAAAGUAUGUUGUGACACUGGUGACUUACGACUUAAAUCCGAUCCCGAUGACAACCAUUGUUGUGGACUUUAUGCUACUUUUAAUUCUAAGACACAGAUAUGUUGCUUAGGAAACCCAUUUGCUAUGACCACUGACUACUUUAUGUGUUGUGGAGCUGUGGGAUAUGACAGUCAAAAAUACAUUUGUUGCAACAAUAAUGUUAUCAAGAAAAAUUCGAUAUCCGACGAUUCCUGUUGUGGUGAUGUUCCUAUAACAUCUGUCGACCAAGUAUGUUGCUUAGGAAAACCACAACCAGGAGGGGAGAUGCAUACUUGUUGUAGGGACACCAGUUACAGUAAGGAAACCGAAUUAUGUUGUGAUGGAAAAGUGGUGACCAAACAUAAAUCAACCGACGAGUACUGUUGUGGCACCACGACAUUUAAUUCAAGGAACGAAAUAUGCUGCGACUCAUUAGUUAAGAAUCGUUCAACUACCGCUGACAGAUGCUGUGGUCAUAUAGGUUACAAUCCCGAAUCUCACUUGUGCUGUGCUAACAAUAUAAUACCAAAAGGAAAGGUAGACGAUAAUUUGUGUUGUGGUGCAAAAACUAUAAAUGCAGAAAAAGAAAUUUGUUGCAGUAGUAUGUACCCACAGCCCCUUACUUCUGGUGCUAUAACAAAAUGUUGUUAUAAUAAAAGCUAUAACCCUGAUAUUGAACUUUGUUGUACUGAUGUCGGGGUGGUCUCUAAAACUAACACUGAAGACAAUUGGUGUUGUGGUUCUUCGCCAUUUAAUACAAAGACACACAUAUGCUGCCAAGGUAAAUUUGUCAGAGAAGGUGGAUUAAACGGCGAAUGUUGUGGAACAAAAAGCUAUAAUCCAAACUUAAAGGUCUGCUGUAAUUCAGAAUUAUAUGAAAAACGAGGCGUUGAGCACAAUCAAUGUUGUGGAAACUCUGCUUUUGAUGCAAAAUUAGAAAUAUGUUGUGGAGGAUUACCACAACCUCUUAUUGGUGGAGUAAAUGGGACAGGUUGCUGUUACGACAAAGGUUUUAACACUAAAAGUCAACUUUGUUGUGGACACAAUAUAUUUCAAAAACAUUCGGAAAUUGAUGAUGCUUGCUGUGGAAACAUGACCUUUAACAUCAACAACGAAAUAUGCUGUUAUGGAAAUCCGUACAAAAGAAACAAAAACUCAUCUUUGAAAUGCUGUUCUACGAAAGUUUAUGAUGAAAAACGGGAAAUCUGUUGUGAUGAUUCAGUAGUAUUAAAAAAAGACAUGUCCGAUAAUAGUUGUUGUGGUAACAAACCGAUCAAUACCCUUAAAGAAGUAUGUUGUAACAACGUUCCACAAUUGCAGAAAGGGGAGUCAACACUUUGUUGUGAUAGGUACAGCUAUAAUUCAAAUGAUCAUGUAUGUUGUGAUGGUACCUUUUUAGUGCAAAAAUCAGAUAAAGAACACAAUCAUUGUUGUGGUACGGUAAAUACCUUUAACACUGACACUGAAAUAUGUUGUGGUGAUCGAGUACAACAACGACAAAAUAGAAGUCAUACUGCAUGUUGCAAAAGUCAAAGUUACGACACUAAGAAUGAAAUUUGUUGUCAAGGUAAUGUCAGAAAAAAGAGAACAAUUGACGAUAAUUUUUGUUGUGGCUUUACAACGUAUAACACUCGUGAUGAGAUCUGUUGCGCUGGUAAGCCGCUUAAUGUAAUCGACAAUGUCGAAUUUGGCAUUUGCUGUGGGAAUAAUAGUAUGAGCGUAAAUUCCCAUUUAUGUUGCAACAAUAAAGUAAUAGAUAAAGUAAAUUUGCGCGACAACUGUUGUUGUGGUAAUACAACAUUAAAUGAUGCUACACAGUUAUGCUGUGAUGGCAAACCAAACAUGAAAGUAGCAGGAGAUGAUACCCUUUGCUGUUUGUCCAAGAGCUAUGAUUCUAAGAAGCAUGUAUGCUGUGAUAAUAAACUGAGCAAAAGGGUAAAAAAGGACGAUAAUUGGUGCUGUGGCGAAAUUUCCUUCAAUACAAAUACAGAAAUAUGCUGCAAUGAUAAUCCUCAACCUAAAAUAGAAGGACGAUCAGUGUGUUGUGGUGCAAUAAGUUAUAAUUCAGGAACUCAUAUAUGCUGUGACGGCCAUGAGUUAUAUCCUAAAAAUGAUAAAGACGAUAAUGCUUGCUGCAACAAAGAGCCAUAUGACACACAAACGCAGAUAUGCUGCCGAGGCAUUGUACAAGAUAAACUUAGUAACACAACAGCGUGUUGUGAACAUACAAGUUAUGAUAUAAAUUUAGAUCUGUGUUGCAAUGAAACUGUAGUUAAAAAAUCGAGACUGACCGAUCAUCAAUGCUGUAACAUGAUGUCAUUUAAUAUUGACACACAUCUUUGUUGUCUGGACAAAGUGAUAGAAAAACACAGUGCUAAUGCUGAAUGCUGCGGCGACAUCGCCUUUAACCCUCUUUCUCAAUUAUGUUGUGAAAAGGGGCACGUUGUUAGAAAAAUUCGUGAAACUGAUUUUAGUUGUUGUGGAAACGAAAGUUUUAAUCCUGAAACUGAACUAUGCUGUGAGGAGAAAUCAAACCAAAUUUUGAGCGGAAAACCUGAAAACACGCGUUGCUGCGGAAAGAUAAGUUAUAAUGUAAAUAGAAAGAUAUGUUGUCAAGGUAUAUUAUAUGAUAUAGUUGGAGGUAUUUCAAGUUCUGAUUGUUGUGGUGGUAAACCCAUAAAUUUAAAGACUGAAUUGUGCUGUGAGGAAACUGUUAGGAAAAAGACAAUGACAAAUGAUUUGCUUUGUUGUGGAAAUGACACAUUUAAUCCCUAUUCGCAUGUAUGCUGUAAUAACAAAGAUACAGAAAUUGUACAACCAAUGAAAGGAAUCAAAACAACACGUUGCUGUGAUGGUGUUAGCUUUAACGACAACAAUGAAAUGUGUUGCGAUGGUGUUGUACAAGAUAAACUUGCCGGUUCGAAUACGCGUUGUUGUAAUCAAAAAAGCUAUGAUCCAGACCGAUGUUUGUGCUGUGAAGGACGCAUUAUUGAAAAAACGACCAAAUAUGAUGAUUGCUGUUGCUGCAACAAAACUAUGGAUAGUUCACGACAAAUUUGCUGUGACUGUAAUGUUGUUAUAAGCAUAAACAAACAUAACACUGCGUGCUGUCAAAGAGAUUGUUAUGAUCCUGGGCUACAUUUAUGUUGCGACGGUGCCAUUGUAUCAAAGAAAUUUGGUGGUGACUCUUACUGUUGUGGAAAAGAAGUUUUUUCACCUAGUUUUGGUAUCUGUUGCGGAAAUCAUGUUCUUUGGAAGUGGAAAUCGUUUGUAAAUAAGCCCUGUAAAUAACAAUGCGUUUAGUGCAAAUGACUGCGUAAAUUAGAAUGCUAUGAAAAAAGGGACAAACAAUGCAAUACGUUUGUUGAAGUCAAUGAAUAUUUGGUAUUAUUAAUGCUUAAUCUUUUUUUUUUUUCAAAUGCAACACCUGGUAAGUAUGAAGUGGUUUCUAAACUUAAAAAUGUCCGAUGUGUUGAUUAAGGUUUUAUUAAUUAUUUAUACAUGAUAUUCUUAUUUAGCAAACAAAAAGACGGUUUACAUUCAGGUUUGGUGUUUUGGGGAGUAAUUGAGAUAAAUAAGAAUUAAAAUGUAAAAGGAGACAUAAUCUGUCAUUUCUUAAUUAAUACAAGAGAAAAUUUGGAAAUUGCCGAAAAAUUACCUAUUUAAUAGCGAAUGUAUCCUUUAAUACUCAUGUAUUAUUCUGUAACACUAUCUGGUAAAGCUCUAAAGGUAUAAUAAAAUUACAUUUCCGUUUGUUACAUUGAUACUAAAAUAAGAACAAAUUUUAGAAAAAAAACCAUGAAGAAGCAAGAAAAUAUAAUGUGCAAUAACUGAUAAAAUAUAGGGUUAAGAAACCUUUUUCUUUUGCUCUAUACUCCACCUUUCAAGACAUUACCCUAAAUAAUUUCAGUCAUGAGCAUGAAAAUUGCCAAAGGACAAUAACUCAAAAAUCAAGAAAUCUAUCCUAAGAUGAUAUAUCCAAAACGUUGUUAGUGACAAUGGCAAAGGUGAUAUGUAGAAGAUGGAUUCGUCUUUAUUCUUAAAAACUUAUGGACCCUUUACAUUGUUUUAUAUUGCAUUAAUAUCCAGAACAUGAAUCAGAAAAUUAUACUUGUAUUUAUUUUAGGCAUUCUAUUUGCAAAACUUCAAGUUCAUUCUAUAUCAAUAAAACGGUCAACACUUUUAAUUCCACUACACUUUGUAAGGGUGUACAUGUAUAAUCUUGGUUUGCUUGUUCAUAGCCUUAUUGAUUUUGUGUUUUGAAAUGUUGUUGUUGUUUUUAUUUUUAUUAUUAUUAUUUUUGUUGAUUAUGUGUCAUUUAUUGAUAAUUAUCCAAAAGAACAUUGUUUCAUUUUUGUUCACCUCCCUCUACUUUUGUAAAAAUUAUCCUUGAAAAAUAAUAUGCACGUACUGGUCGGAGAAAUUACUCUUUCACAUAUAUAACCUCAACAGUUGGUAAUUUUAAUUGUUUUAAAAAAAAUUCCAAUAAAAAUCUACUUGGUCAAAAAGAAA